AUGUCGCAGCCAAAAAUCCCAGAUAGGGCCCGCAAGUAUAAGGAAGACCCGGCGCCUGUAGCGUCGCAGAAGAUGCACCAUCCCGACUCUCCCCACCAGUCGGUACCUUCACAGAGUCCGGCACAGGGCCACUACCCAUCGCCCCAACACCCAAACCCUCAAGGGCCUCCUCAGCACCAGUCUCCCUACAUCCAGCAAAUCCAAGGUCCCCCACCGCCUCAACAGCAACAAGAGGUUCCUUAUUACUCUCAGCACCACCAGAGUCCCUACAGCACUAACAGUGCACCGAGUAACUACUCGUCCUCAGAAACCCCAGAGCUCAUGGCAGCCGCAACGAUGAAUCGCGGUGGAUAUCCACCCAUCUCGUACCACACCCCGCAGUCAAACUCACCAGCAUCUGUUCAGUCUCCACAGCACGACCAGCACGGCCGCCCAAUCUAUGGACAACCGCCUAGCCAGAUGCCUCAGUCAAUGUACUACACGCCAUAUGCUUCGGCCCCAGUACCUCAACAGUCGCCUUACCAGCAGCACCCUUCAAGUGCGCCUCAGCAACCAAUGGCGUCGCAAACACUGCUCAUGUCCCACCAGCAGAACCAGCAGAUGCAUCACCAGCAACAGCAGCAUCCUCAGACUCCUGGAAUGACUGGAAGUCCAAAGUCGCGAAUGUCGCAGACCCCAUUGCAGCGACCACCAUCAGGGCUUGGCCCGCCACAGGCCCCGCCUCAAGGUCCUCCCGUCGGUACUCCCAACAUGCACGCUGGCCCUCCCGGAGGACCCAAUGUUAACCCUAAUGCUGCGCCUGGUCCCAUUCCUGCCACUACUCCGCUUGUUGUGCGACAAGACCAGAACGGUGUACAAUGGAUCGCGUUUGAGUAUUCCCGCGACAGAGUUAAGAUGGAGUACACCAUUCGUUGCGACGUAGAGUCUAUCAACGUUGACGAGCUCCCGCAAGACUUCAAGACUGAGAACUGUGUAUACCCGCGCGCUUGCUGCGCCAAAGAUCAGUACAAGGGCAACCGCCUUCAUUACGAGACUGAGUGCAACACCGUGGGUUGGGCACUAGCGCAACUGAACCCAUGCUUGCGCGGUAAGCGUGGUCUUAUCCAGCGAGCCGUCGACAGCUGGAGGAACAGCAACCAAGAUCCUCGAUUGAGGAGCCGGCGUGUACGAAGAAUGGCCAAGAUGACCACGAGGAAAGCCCAAUCGGCUUCACAUGGUAACCACAUGGCUGGACCAGGUGGACCAGGUGCUCCUGGUGUUCCAAACUCUGCCGGAUUAGCAGCACCACCCCGACAACCGAACAUGGGCAUGGGCGGUCCCCAGAUGCAUCAUCACCAUGACGGACCUGGAGGGCCCCACGGAGGACCGGAUGAUGUUAGCGCCAAUGACUACGGUGAAUCGCACACUCAUCAUCACCAAGCGCCAAACGGGCAACAGUCACCUACCGACGGGCGUCCCGCUCAGAGCUUUUACCCGAAUUUCCCAUCGAGCGACUCCGUGGCAGGAUCCAGUGGCAUGCCGCCGAUCCACGACGGAUUGAGCCAUCCUCCGCCUCCAUCACACGCAGCAGGCGUACCCGUCUCAAAGCAGCAAGAGCAAGACGAAGAAGAGCGAAAGCUAGCCAUGUUCGGUGACUUACCUGACUCGAAGCGCCGCAAGUUCAUUCUUGUAGACGACGCGCAACGAGGAACUAGGGUUCGUGUGCGAGUUACUCUCGACACUGUCAAGAUGGAGGAGAUGCCCGACUCUUAUCGCAAGUCAAACUCAGUCUUCCCUCGCAGCUACUUUGCUAUGCAAAUGACUUCUCCACCUGCCAGCCCUCGUGGCAGCAAGGUCUUCGCUGAUGAACCCGAUGUGGAAAGCGAUCCCAGCUUUCCUCUCGCUGGUUCUACUGUUGUUCCUGUCCCAACGCUCGAUGGCGAGACUCGUGUACCGAAGCCGCGUCUCACUAGGGCGAAGCGGUCGAAGGAGAUUACGCUCAACGAUCUUGGUUACCGCAUGAGUUGGAGCCAGAGCCGUGUCUUCGCAGGCAGGACAUUGUUUCUGCAAAAGUCUCUUGAUGCCUACCGCAACAAGAUGCGAAGCAGCAUGAUGGGCCAAGGCCAAGAUGUUACCCAAGUAGCGCCACAUUUCGAGACUCGUGUCGGAAAGAGGCGGUGGAACGAAAGAAUCGAGAAGAGCAAGAAGGCGAGGCGCGAUGGCUCUCCUUAA